UUUUCACUUCCCAAAAAAAUAAAACGAAAUUUUCUGACAAAACGAUGAACAAAAAAAAGCUAUAUAUAUGAUCUGCUUCUUCUGCGCUCUUCCUCUCAUUGCGUUUUCGGCUUCUCGAUCUUGACAUAAGGAAGAACUCCAAGAAAGUACUUCACCUUCGGACUCCACCCACGCUGCUGAGCUCGACAGAACAUCAAGAACGUGUUCGCGCAGUAAGAGUUCAACCCCAUAAAACAAUGCCACAGAGCAUGUACCCUGAGGAUUCACCGGCCACCGAGAUACCCUCUCGCAGAAAACACGGUCACAGAACCAGCAAACGCUCCCAACCAGAAUCGUAGCAACGUACCAUUUCGCGAUCCUCUUGGCAGCAGCGUCCUCCGUGUGAAUGUAGUACUUGUACAUCCGAGAAUAUUGAUACAUAAUAUAGGUCAGCUAUCUUUAACUUUAUUUUUUUUUCGUAGACAUACAGCUGAAUCUCAAGCUACAAAUUCUAGUUUAAAACUAGUAAGUCACAACUAAUGAUAAGUAAGACUCUAUAAACUCGGCUGAGGUAAAUCUAGAACAUUGGUUUUACUUAAGCUAGUCCAUAAAGAAGAGACGGUAGUUUUUGAUUCUAGCUGCUCGACUUUUUUGUAAUUAUUUGAGAAAAAUUCUAAUGGCCCAUUUAUGAUCGUUGCAAAUAAAGUCACCGACUAAAUUGUUGCCUGGAAGAGCCCAUGUACGCUCUUGUAUAUAAAGUUAAUUAGUCAAAUUGAGGAAAGAAGAAAGCUGAAGCCCUAGGGUUUCGUUAGUUAUAAGCGAUCUGAAAUUCAAGCUAUUCCAGUGUUUGUACAAUCCAUCAGCCAUGAAACGUUUGGAGCAGCAGUUAUCAACCACGUCCAUACAUGAAACACAGUCUUCGAACUCGGUAAGAAAUCACUCAGACCCGCCAUCCGGAGAUGAUCUGCUUGUUAGUAUAUUCUCUCGACUGCCCUUAAAGUCUAUAGCUAGGUUUCGCUGCGUAUCGAAAUUCUUGGCAUCCAUACUUCGCCGUCAUGAUUUCACUGAGCUGUUUUUGACCAAGUCUUUGACUCGUCCACGGCUCCUUUUCACCGUAAAAGCUACUAAUGGCAAGUUGUUGUUCUACUCUUCACCUCAGCCUCAUAAUCCAGACCAUAACUCUUGUCUGGUUCCUACCCCUUAUCAUACGUCUUCUUUUCCAGAAUAUCUUCCAAGUGAUAUAUGUAGCACGGUCUGUGGAUUGGUAUUGCUUCAGGGAUGGAAAAGAAAGGUGCGAGUGAUUUGUAAUCCUGCCACGGGAGAGUUCUUAACCUUACCCAAAGUGAAAGUUAAGAGUAACCCCACGGAGAUUUCCCAAACGUAUUUAGGGUAUGAUCCGAUCGGGAAACAGUUCAAAGUGUUGUGUGUCACCUUGUCACGUGAUGAAAGACCCAAGACUCAUCAGGUUUUGACAUUGGAGUCUGGAAAACGUGUAUGGAGAACGGUCGAACACAAGUUCUAUUUUGAGGAUAACUUUACAAUGAGUGGUGACGUAUGCAUAAACGGUGUUUUGUAUUUCGGAGCUGCCGUUGGACGAUCUUCUAUGAUAGUUUGCUUCGACGUUGGGUCUGAAAAGUUCAGCUUUAUUAACACAAAUGAAGACAUGAGAAUACAGUAUCCUUGUUUAUCAGGUUCGUUGACAUUGUUCAACUACAAAGGUAAAUUAGGUAUACGUCAGGAUUCAGAUAAUAUGUUUUGUGAAAAUGAACUUGUGCUGUGGGUACUAGAAGAUGCUGGAAAUCAUAAAUGGUGCAAGCAUAGCUAUGUAUUGUCUCCUUUGGGGUCCGACCUAGUCCAAUAUAACAGGUUUAUUGGAAUGACUAGUACAGGUGAAGUUGUUUUUUCAGGAUUGUCACAAUUGCACGAACCAUCAGACCUUUUCUACCUUUCCUUCUACAAUUUGCAGUCGGGAACUUUUAAAAGGGUCUACUUUCAGGGACUAGAAGAGUUUAAGCAACAAUUUACAACUCCUCACACCUUUCUAGACUAUGUUGAGAAUAUAAAGUUUAUGUAAGUGCGUUCAAGGCUUUCAUAUAUAUAUUAAACUUUUGGGUUUCAGC